CCUUCCAACUUGAGCGAGACGUUAGAGUAAAAAAGGAUCCAGCCGAGGAGGAAGGAGCGAGAGCCCGAGACGCGCCGGUCGCGAUUUUCUUCCCAGCGCCUGGCGAAUCCCCCCUCCCCCCAAUUUGUUUUUCCUCUGUUUUUUUUUUUUUCCCCCCUUCCCGGGAACCGCGCGAGGCUCGCUCGCUCCUCUCGCCUUGGCCGAGGCGUCUCCUGCUUCCGCUGCAAGAAGUCGAAGGGUUUGUGGAAACUCGAGAGCAGUUUUUUCCCCCCGUCUGGCUGGUUUGGGGGCUUUUUUUUGCUUUGUUUUGGUUUGUUUUGUUUCUUAGAGAGAGGGGAAAAUGGGUUUCUGAUGUUUGGCCAGUUUCCCUGCACCAUAAUGAGCUCCAAGGCGGGGUUACCACUCGGCAGCAUGGACUAGAGAGGGAACUGCCGCAGCAUUAGCCAUGCAGCCACCUAGCCAGCUGUUCUCCAUAUGAAAAACAGUUCUGCACCAGUGUUUUUCCAAAAAUAACCAUGUAUUCCCCAUACUGCCUGACCCAGGAUGAAUUCCACCCUUUCAUCGAAGCUCUCCUCCCCCACGUCCGGGCCUUCUCCUACACAUGGUUCAACCUGCAAGCUCGGAAGCGAAAGUACUUCAAGAAACACGAGAAGCGGAUGUCCAAGGAUGAGGAGCGCGCUGUGAAGGAUGAGCUGUUGGGGGAAAAACCGGAGAUCAAGCAGAAAUGGGCAUCGCGGCUACUGGCCAAACUCCGCAAGGACAUCCGCCCCGAGUUCCGGGAGGAUUUUGUCCUGACCAUCACCGGUAAGAAAGCACCCUGCUGCGUCCUCUCCAACCCGGACCAGAAGGGCAAAAUCCGCAGGAUUGACUGCCUGAGGCAGGCCGACAAGGUUUGGAGACUGGAUCUUGUAAUGGUCAUCUUAUUCAAAGGGAUCCCGCUCGAAAGUACUGACGGGGAGCGGUUGUACAAAUCGCCACAGUGCUCCAACCCCGGCCUCUGCGUCCAGCCACACCACAUUGGAGUCACAAUUAAAGAACUGGAUCUUUACUUGGCAUAUUUUGUUCACACUCCUGAAUCCGGACAAUCAGACACUUCAAACCAGCAAGGAGAUGUGGACAUCAAACCACUGCCCAAUGGGCAUUUGACUUUCCAGGACUGUUUUGUGACGUCGGGCGUCUGGAACGUGACGGAGCUGGUCCGAGUGUCCCAGACUCCCGUGGCCACGGCGUCGGGUCCCAACUUCUCCCUGGCAGACCUGGAGAGCCCCAGUUACUACAACAUCAACCAGGUGACUCUGGGCCGGCGGUCCAUAACGUCACCUCCUUCCACCAGCUCCACCAAGCGCCCCAAGUCGCUGGAUGACAGCGAGAUGGAGAGCCCCGUGGACGAGGUCUUCUACCCUGGGACGGGGCGCUCGCCCGCCGCCAGCAGCAGCCAGUCCAGCGGCUGGCCCAACGACGUGGACGCAGGACCGGCUUCCCUGAAGAAGUCAGGGAAGCUGGAUUUCUGCAGCGCCCUCUCCACCCACAGCACCUCCCCAAGAAUGGCUUUCAGCCACCACCCGCUGCCGGUCCUUGCAGGAGUCAGACCAGGAAGCCCCCGGGCAACAGCCUCGGCCCUGCACUUCCCAUCAAGCUCCAUCAUCCAGCAGUCCAGCCCCUACUUCACCCACCCGACCAUCCGCUACCACCAUCACCAUGGCCAGGACUCGCUCAAGGAGUUCGUGCAGUUCGUCUGCUCCGACGGGUCGGGCCAGGGCACCGGGCAGCCUAACGCUAGCGGCCAGGGCAAAGUUACGGGCUCAUUUUUGCUGCCGCCGCCCCCACCUGUGGCCAGACCUGUGCCCCUUCCAAUGCCUGACACAAAAUCCACCAGCACUAACCCAGAGGGCGGAGCGCCGACACCUACAUCACCCUCAUUCGCAGCGCCAGGCUCCUCCACUGCCAACCGCUUUGUCGGCAUCGGACCCCGGGACGGCAACUUUCUAAACAUCCCCCAGCAGUCUCAGUCUUGGUUCCUCUGAUGGGAUCUUCAAGAAAGAGACGAGAAAUCUCCCCCUAAAUCCCCCCCACGGAAGCAUCCGUCCUUCGCCCUGGAUCUUCACUGAGCUGCUCCAGUCGAGACCCAAAGGGGGUGCCCGGCUCCCACUACCCCCGGUCCCAGCCCUGAUCCGGAGCCAAUUUGAAUCGACGUGGACGAGGUUGGUCCUGUCCGAUGCGGAAUCCCUGUGCCGCCCUUGGGACGUAACGUCACAAAGAGCAAAGCCCAGCACCCCCGCAGCGAUCGCCGCAGGUCAGCCGCUCCGGAAUCGAGCGUCUCUCCUGUUCCUGGGGCGGGGAGAUCGGCAGCCCCGGACGUACCCAGGUCGAAAUCUCCCGAAAACCACCCAGAGCGCUGCCGUGUGCCAGGAAAGAGGGGGAAGUGCUGGGGUCUUUCCAGAGCUGCAAGUGACUUAGGAUGGCAGAUUGAGGCAAUGUCCAACAACCGUGGGCACGGUCUGUCCGCACCGGGGGUCCAGCCACGGGGUGUGAUUGCACCUCACAUGGGCCUCCCCCAGCUAGCGUUCAGGUGCCAGGAAGCUGUAGCAGCAUGAGUGAGCCCCGGGUAAUUACCCGGCCACGGCAUCCUGCUCUGGCACCUGAGCUAGCUUGGCUGCAUGAGGUGCAGCCCCACUGGGGUCUCCUUGCUGGCACUGGUUCGGCUCACGGGGUGAACAGAGUGAGAACAGAACCAGCUGGCCUGUCCCACAAACAUAUUUGCGAGUUCAGAAAAUUUUCCUGUCUCAAAUUGGGGUGAAAAAUGGAAAUCUCAAAAAUAUUCGCCAGCCGGAAACCUGGUGAGUUUUCUGUUGUGGGUCAGUUGAAAUAUUUCAUUUUUUCCAUUUGGACCUUUUUUCUGGGGUUUUAACCUUAUUUUUUUCAGUCAAAUUAGCUUAAAGUCGGGUCAAACCAGAAAUUUUGCCUUUUUUGCAAGUUUGUUCCCAAUCAGGAGACGCAGCUGACCCGCCCGUUCCGGGAACAGUUCCAUUUCGGCAAAGCUGCGAUUUCCAAGGAAAAAAUGAUUUGUCACAGACUCCCAGCCAGCGCAGGGCGAUGGAAAAUUGGUGCCUCUUUUCAUGUCAGUGGUCGUAAAUGGCAUGUGACCUGCCCUGGUGCUGUUUCACUUGCCUCGUCUGCAUGAGAAGGCAACACUGGUUUAACUUCACCUGCUUUAAAGCCACAACUCGAGGGGUGAAUUUAAACCGGUUUAAAGAGCCUGCUGUGAACCGGACCCAUAGAAGUGGUUUCACAUUGAUGUAAGUGCAUCCACACAGGUGCUGGCACCAGUUUCAUCAAACUGGUUUAACUGAAGUCAGGCCAGUUUUGCAGGGAACAAACUUUGUGCAUCCAAGUCACGUUGGUGCUCUGGAAAUCAUCCCUCUGUGCCCAGCAAUGAGCCGCCUUCCCGGUUCAAUUCAGAAUGCUCGGGCUGGGGCUAGGCCUCUGCCCAAGAAGCCCCAGGAUUGGGUCCCCUCCGUCUUCAUCCUGGGGCAGCCAGAUUCUCCAGGGCACCUGGGAAGAUCCAGCCCCAACAGGGUGUUUGCUGGCAGCCCUGGAGAAAUGCAGCCGGGAAGGCUACAAACCUUGCAAGCUUCCUCCUGGCUGCCCUGCCCCUGGCUCGGGCUGGCCCUCGGGCUUUGUCCACGGCCCUCCCUUCGCUGCCUGCAGGGACUGGCCCCCAUCACCUUGGAGCCCAGCUGUGCCGCUGAGGAUGCUGGGAGUUUACCCAGGAUGCUUGGCGGCCAAGGGACUCAGGCUGGCUCCCAGCACGUUCCUUUCCCCCCAAACAUAAGCGCCGGGGUCAUUGCCCCCCCCGUUCCCGCCGUAUGGGGAGUCAUGAGGAAGGCUAAACACAGACGCUCCCGGCUGCGGGGGCAGAGGGCGCUGCGCCUGCUCCCUUCCCAGCCCCCCCAUGUCAGCCUCUCGCUCAAGAGCCCCCCCGGGCGGAUGAAGUGGGAUUCUGCCCCGGGGGGGAACAGUUAGAUUAGUUUAGAGAAGGGGGCAUCUAGUCUCCGUCCCAGCUCUCCCAGUGGCUCCCAGCAUGGCCCCUUCCCCUCUCGCACAAUGGGGUUCUCUCCAGCCCUGAAAAUGCAGCGCUGGGGGGGUCCCUUUGCAAACAACCUCCCCCCCCCAAGAAAUCAGCUUCAGCUGAGGAUGCCCGCCAGUGCUGCCAAUCCCCGGGCGUGGCUGCCCCCUUCCCUUUCCGAAUGCCACUCCCCAGCGAAAGUGCUGGGGGAGCCGUGGCAGCUGGCUUGGGCCGGGGGGGAGCGUCUGUGAGGUUUGACAAGGUCGUGUCUAAGCUAGCUCAGCUGACUGCUGUUUUCUUUCCCCUUCUCCCCACCGCGAUCUGUUCUCGCUUCCUUCCUUCCUUCGGAUUUGCUGCUUGGUGGUUGGUUUUUUUUGUUUUAAAUAGUUGGAUCCUUUCUCUUUUCUCCUCCUUCCUUUCUUCCUUCGUCGUCGCUUGGUGGUUAUUUUAGGAUUUGGGGCUUUCUGUACAUACAGGCGAUGAAAGGAACUGGGGCCAGCGUAAGAACCGCGCCACGCCCCAGCCAGCGCGUGCUCGAGGGAAAGCUUUGGCAGGAAGCCGUAGGUCUAGCGCUGAGGAGAUGCGGGUACGUUUUGCUGCGGCCUUGCUGCAGGGACAUGGGAAACUUUCCGUUUUCCUGCUGGUCCAGAGUGCACACAGCAGCUGCAGUCACCCAGCCCGCCACAUGCGCUAUCUAUUUCGCUUCCGAAAAUCACACUGAAAACUGUCUCGCACCAUCUCACGCCCACCUCUGAAUCACCAGCACUGUUGUCUGGUCCCACACAGGGUCCCAUCUCUCCUCCCCGUUAUCGGGCGCAGGGCCUGCGAUGCUGAAAUGCAGCCACCUCUGGGGUGGGGUGGGGCAGCUGUUGGUAACAGCGGUGCCACAGGGUAGUUUUAGGACCGGAAGUGGGGAAGGGAAGAGCCUGUAUCUGGAUGAAACCCCCAGGAAGGGGGUGGGAAUUAGGGAGGUAGACUGGGGUCGCCUGAGCUGGAGUUUGACCCAGAUCCCAGGGGUUCAUAGCUUGAUUCUUGCAACAACAACGAAAAAGCCGUAGUGGUGGUGAAAGUCCCAGCAGAGCUCCUUGGGGAUUGUGGGAUAAAUGGAUCCAUUGCCCCCACACACACCUGGGCCUUGUCCUGGGACCCCUGUACCCCCCGCCCCCCCCGCCCCCAAGAGAAAAGCACAGAUCCCAUCUCUUGUGCCUCGGGAAAUGAGCCCAACAAAUCAGGCCCACAGCACAAAUUAUGCCCCCUCCAGGAGUCUUUUAUUUCGGGGCUGGGGGGAAUCUGCACCCUGGAAAAUGCUGCGUUUCCGGAUCUGUUGGAGAAGCAGGGUCCAUGUGGGAAACCAGACAGCUUCAGACUGUGGCCUCCCACACAAUGCCCCCUCCCCCACAGCCCAGCUCCGGGGGCAUCAGCAAGGUACAGCCCCCCCAUCACGUCCCUGGCAAAGCCCCUUGUCCCAUGGAGGGCGAGAACCCCGCUGGGCCCCCCCACCCGGCGCGCAGCUGCAGGACAGCUGGGCAGCGCCGGUUCAUCCGAGGUGACUCUGGCUGCCAGAGGAGUGAAAGUCCCUUUGAGAGCUCGACCUCCAGGGAUGGACGCAGGCACCGGAACUAUCCGGUGCCCGGGGCCCCCCCAGGGCAUGUACACAGAGCAGGCACUGCAGUGCCCCCACGGUGAGGGCACAUCACUGGCUUGGACCUGAGCUUUCUGGGGCCUGUGUGCCAUAGCCUGAUCUCCGCUGCCCUGGUGCUAAUCUGGAGUCACUCUGGAUGGGUCAUUCUGGAUUUACACCUGGGCAGCUGAGCAGAAUCCAGCCCCUGGCCCUUGUUCUCAAGCAGAGCCCAAGCGCUGGGCUUGGGUGGGCUGACUCCAGCCUGGGGCCAGACCUGUGGCGGGCGUAAAGCCUGGGGGCCAGUGGGGCCGUGCUCAUUGACACCAGCUGUGACACCCAUUGAUACCACUGGGAACUGGGCCCCCUCCUGCAGUUCAGCACCACCUGCUGCUGUCACCCCGUCAGGUAAGGGUGGCCUGAUGCCGUCCCUUUGAACUGCUCCGGAAUGGGACACUGCACAGGAACCAGGCCUUCCCAGAGAGACGCUGAGCUUGUCCUUAAAGCCACUUCGGUGGGUGUAAGCGCAAUGCCCGGCUCCAGGGGGUCUCGGCAGGAUUGGGGGAGCAGGAAUUCCUGGCACUGGGUACUGGCAAAUAUUAAAGGAAGUUACUGCAAGCUCCACGCCCUGUGGCAUUCGGCAGCGUCCACCAGGGCGGGACAGGCCAGGCAGGGGCCGGGUUGCUCUCGGAGCCCGAACGUUUGACAGGAACGAGAACUCAGGGUCUCGGCUCCGGCCUUGACCUGUUCGGCUGCCUCCAGCCAAGCGUGUCCGUAGGAUCAGGGCUUUCGAGGCUGGGCCUGCCGCCCUUUUUGCAUUUAACCACCCUGGCGGUUUGUACCGGUCUUCAUCCAGGCAAGGCCCCAAUUCAGUGCUGCACUAAAGCACAUGCUUAAUGCCCAUGGGGUGUGUCUACACUGCAAAAAAAAGCCCAGAGGAGCCAGGCUGGAGCCCGGUUCCCUGCCUUGCUCUUUGUAGCUUAGGGGCUUGAGCCUGAGGGGUAUGAGCUGGGCUCUGAGACUAGCGGCUGUGGGGGUUUUCCCAGCGUAGCUGGGCCCCUCUCACGGCACGUCUGACAGACGAACUAGCUCGGGGUUUAGUGGGACACGCUCGGAAGCUAGCGGUGAGCAGGGGUGGCGGCAGCAGAAUGAGACUCUCUCGAGAAUGUUUAAAAAAAUGGAGAAAAUUUUUUUUAAAAAAGCUACAAAUAUCUAUAGGGGGCGAAAACUGAACAAAUGUUGUUUGCUUGGAGCCAGUGCAAUGACUUGCAGAGUUUUAAUAUCUUUGUAUGUUAAAGGUUGUUAAGCAGAAGAAAAAAAAUCUAUUUUUCUUGAGAUGUCCUGGUCCCGGGGACUCUAAAUACACUGGGGAGAGAAAACCCAACCUUUGUAAGUGUGGGAAAUUCUGCUUUUCUCCUGUUUAUUUUUUCAUUUGUUUAUUUUUUUUUUUUUUUGCCUUUUUCUCGUUUGUUUUUUUGGGGGGAAGCUGAAGGGAAGGUUUUUUCAAGCAAAAGAGAAAAGAAAUAUAUAUAUCGGUUCAAAACCGCAGAGAGAGAAUGUAAAAACCUAAAGUGAAGACACAAGGACGGCGAGAAAAGAAAAUGAUGAAAAAAAAACUCAUAAAAAAAGAAAAUUAACAAAAAAAUUAUAUAUAAAACCACAAACCCUGGUGCUUUUUACAAUAUAAAGGACAUUAAAAAAACCUCUAUUAUACAUAGUUUAUGAACCAAUUAAUUGUUAUCAUAAAGCACAUUUUAGGAAACAUACAUUAUCCUUUAUGUUUAACUGAAAGGGGCAGGACGGACUGCGGUUAUCAGAGGCACCCGGCUUUUGUUGAUCUUACUGGGGGGGCAAGCGAGAGAAGUGGGGGGGCUGCCUUGGCCAAGGCGCCCCCACAGCUGGGUGUCACACCUCCCACUUUGAUGGGUUGAAUCCCUUAGUGCUGAUUCCCGCCCCCCUGCCUUGGUCCGCGGAGCAACUUUAGUUGGAAUUAAGUCUGGCUCCCCCUUGCCCCCCCUCUGCCCCCCACCCUCCAGGGAGGAUUUUUCUUUGGAGCCAAAAGCCAACUUUGAUCUCACCAGCAUUUUGUCGUGGAGCCUUUUUCAGAAAGUUGGUGGCUUUCCCCCUUUUUCUGUUCUCCGGGGUGGGGUGGAGGGGACCCCUCCCUUUCCCCUGAUGGAUGGGGGGGACACCUGGGAUUGGAGGGGAGCCCCAUUCCCAUGCCCCCCAGUGACAGAGCAAUGCAGCUGGAGGAAGGACCUUUUGGUUCAGGAAGGGCCAAGCCCUGCCCACGCCUUACCCGCCCGCACUGCCUGGCAGCCGACGUGCCUUCACCCCCUUGCUGGCCCGGACGGACGGGGGGACUGAGCCGCUCUGCCGCCCCCCAGCUGUGCCCCCAGCGCCACCGGCCACGCAAAGCAAUAAACACCCCAGUUACCACGGGCAGGCAAAAAAUGCCAAUCGCCAGAGGGGGCGAUACAACGGGGUCCAAACUGGAUCCUGCCCCCCCACCAUGGAAUCACGGAGACCAAUCCGGAUCCUGCCCUGCUCAAAAUCCCAGGGCCCAAUCCGGAUCCUGCCCUGCUCAAAAUCCCAGGGCCCAAUCCGGAUCCUGCCCUGCUCAAAAUCCCAGGGCCCAAUCCGGAUCCUGCCCUGCUCAAAAUCCCAGGGCCCAAUCCAGAUCCCACCCCACCCCCCGGAUUGCCUGGGGCCCUGGAUGGGAGCAACCCCCCCAACCCAAUCAGAGCGCCCCACUUCCAAGCAGGCGGCUGAGUGCAUGGCCCCGCCCUUUGCUAUGCCGGGGUCACCCCCCCCAGGCUCCCCCCGAAGAGUUCACCCACCGCACCCCCCCCACUGCCUCUCGCUCUAGGACCCCCCCGAGGCUGCGUCGCAAGGAGCCGGCUGCUCCCGCCCGUCCGUCUCUGCCCCUUCCAACAAGUUUCUUCGUAGGGUAAGAAACGCAGUAUAUGGAGCUGGUCCAGUAUCUAGUACUAAUGGCCUUCGUGUGCUUCUGUCUCCGUCCCCGCGUGUCCGUGUCCCCCGCUCGCUCUAGCGCCCCCCCGCGAGUAACGCGUAGUUCGUCCGGUCGCGUCCCCGCCACGGCUCAGCCCGCAGCGCCGAGCACGUCAGUAUCGCUUCCCCCACCACAAAACGGCGUU